CGUUCCAAACCAUAAAAAUGUUUAACGAUCUUUUUAAUUUAAUAGUUAUGGCACGGACUACGUUCCUAUUACUAAUCAUCGGCGGCUCAGUAUGUUUCUCUAUGGUCACGUCGCUGAAGCAGAGGCAUAGAAAUUUAAGAAAAAACUAUCCAAAUCCAUUCCACCCAGAGGACGACCAACUUACGAAGCUCAUGGAUUUCACCUCAGAGGACAGCGACUACUUCGUCGAAAGAUUCGGUAAACUUAGCGAGGAGUCCGGGGAAGGGACGAUAAUAAUUGACAAGAAUCUGAAAGUAAACGGACGACAUUACAGUUUAAGAAGAAGCCCUAUGAUGUUGUGGAACGCUUAA